AUGUCGUACCUGUGGAGUGACAGCAAAGAGGACUCCUUGGUGAAUGCCGACCCGUUGGAGCGCGAGGUUGCCGCGUGCUCGGUGAGCCCCGCUGCCGCGGUUCCUGCGCUGCGCCUGUUUGUGACAGGGGGCGCGGCGUGCGGCAGUGUUUCCCAGACGGAGGUUGCUGUGACGGCGGGGCGACUCGACGCCGCCGCUGAGGUCCCCUUCGUCGUCGGCGACGCGGAUCCCCGCUCGGUGUUGGUGUUUGCGUGUGGCCCGGCUGGCCUGGUGCGAAGCGCGAGGGACGCAGCACUGGCGCUUGGGGCAAACUUCCGCGAGGAGAGUUUCAACCUUUAG